AUGUCAAGUUACUUGAACAUCCUUGUUGUUUUGUGCACUGUUGCUGCUUUGUCGAAUGCUUGCAGUGAUUCAGCUUCGAAGUGAGUUAGCCUAAUUCAAUUUAGCAAUGAGAAAAAAAGAGCGUCACACCUUUGGACCGGAAAUUAGGAAAUUGAAAAAUUUUGUCUGGGUUUCAUUGAAAAGGGGUUCAAGGUUUUCAGAAAAAAUUCAACAAGGGUCAUUAAAUUCUUUAAAUUAAGCUCACUUAAAUUCCUAACUUAAAGCUUAAAUUAACGAUCAACUUAUCCUAAUUCAAUUCCAGCUGCGCUAAUUGGGUUCGAAAUGGUUUCUGCAAAUCGUCCUAUUACACAUACACCCAAAAGAAAGCUCAAUGUGCAUUAAGUUGUGGAUAUUGUGGUUCAACAUCAACAGCAUCUGGUUCAGCAACAUCUUCAUGUUCAGAUAAAAUCGCAACUUGUGGUUAUUGGGCUGCAAAUGGUUUCUGUACCAAUGGUUUCUAUAAUACAACAAUUCAAGCUCAAUGGUGCGCGAAUACUUGUGGAUUAUGCAGUUCGACUUCUGAAGCUACUACUGAAGGUUCCACUGAAGCCACAACUUCUACCUAA